GCAAACCAGUAAAAAAAAGAACACGUAAUGUGAAAAAGAAAGUCAAUAUUACACAAAUAGAGUCUGAAGCUUCUGAGCAUUCAAAUGAAUCAGAUGAUUUACAGAAGUCAAAAAGAGCACGAAAGUCAUGUGGAAAAGGCAAAG